AUGCUACGGGGUUGGAAGCCGCAGUUCCAGGCCCUCCGCGGGCAUCACAACGUCGUCUUUGCUUUAUGCGACGCGGCCGGCAAGAAAUUGCGGUGCGUGGAAAUGGAAGCUGCACAGACGCGAACUGGUCCCCAGGCCCUGACUCGUCCCGCGUACGGUGAGAAGCAUUGA